AUGGCCCCCAUCGAGCGCAUCACCCUUUUCAAGAUCCCCGACGAAGCAGCCCGAGAUCGUGUGCUGGAGCAGUACAAGGUCCUUGCGAAGACGGCUGUUAAGGACGGCAAACCGUACAUUGUCUCCGCCGCAGCAGGACCGACGAUCCCGGACCCGCGAUGUAAAGGUUUCAAUCUCUCCGUUAAGACAACGUUCGCAUCGCUGGAGGAUAUGAAGUACUAUGAUACAGAGUGUGAGGCGCACAAGGCGUUGAAGGCGGUUGCGGCGCCGGUGAAGGAGGAUGUUUUGACGACUUACUUCGAGAGUGUGCUUUGA